AGAGACUUCCUGGAAGGACUUGGCAGGGCCCAUGAAAGGGAGAUCUGCCAGGUCUUAGCGAAGAAGCAGCACUGGGCAGAGGAGUCUGGCCAUGCACUGGCUGCAGAAACUCCAGGGAUCUGCAUCCGAAGGAGGACUCAGAUGGCCUGCCACACUGUCCACAUUCAUACCAAGCAACGGGCAUCGCUGCCGUGGGGCCACCAGGAAGUCCCUGCCAGGUUUAACUUCGCGAUUGAUGUGAUGGAUUACUGGGUUGGCAUGGAGAAGGCCGGCAGGAGAGCCCCGGGCCCUGCCCUGUGGUGGGUGAGCAGCCACGGGGAGGAGGUGCGCUGGGACUUCGGACAGCUGCAGGAGCUCAGCCAGCGGACAGCCAAUGUCCUCGCGGGAGCAUGCGGCCUGCAGCGUGGAGACCACGUGGCCGUGGUGCUGCCCCGGGUGCCCGAGUGGUGGCUGGUGACACUGGGCUGCAUGCGAGCAGGCCUCGUCUUCAUGCCCGGGACCAUCCAGAUGACGGCCAGGGACAUCCUCUACAGGCUGCAGGUGUCCAGGGCCAGGGCCAUCGUGGCAGAGGAGGACGUGGCCCAGGCAGUGGACACUGUGGCACCCGACUGCCCGUCUCUGAAGACGAAGCUACUGGUGUCUACAAAAGGCCGGGAUGGGUGGCUGGACUUCAAGACGCUCCUGCAAGAUGCGUCCCCCACUCACCGCUGCGUGGAGACAGGAGGCCAGGAAGCGGCGGCCAUCUACUUCACCAGCGGGAGCACCGGGCUCCCCAAGAUGGCAGAGCACUCCCACGCCAGCCUGGGCGUCAAAGCCAAGAUGGUCGCUGGCCUGUGGACAGACUUGCAAGCCUUGGACCUGAUCUGGACCAUAACAGACACGGCGUGGAUACUAAACAUCCUGUGCUCAUUUCUGGAACCCUGGACGUCGGGGGCAUGCGUAUUUAUCCAUCUCCUGCCGAAGUUUGACCCACUGGCCAUCCUACAGGUGCUGUCCAGCUACCCCAUCAACAACAUGGUAGGGGCCCCCAUAGUCUACUGAAUGCUGGUGCAGCAGGACCUGUCCAGUUACAAGUUCCCAUACCUGCAGAGCUGCUUCAGCGGUGGCGAGGCCCUCCUCCCGGGCACGCUGGCAAGCUGGCAGGCGCAGACAGGACUGGACAUCCGCGAGUUCUAUGGCCAGACGGAGACGGGACUCACCUGCAGAGUUUCCAAGACAAUGAAAGUCAAGCCCAGCUGCCUGGGAACAGCGAUCCCCCAUUAUGACGUGCAGGUCAUCGAUGACCAGGGCCACGUCCUGCCACCUGGGGUGGAGGGAGACUUGGGCAUCAGGAUCAAACCCAACAGGCCCAUAGGCAUCUUCUCAGGCUACGUGGACAAUCCUGAGAAGACAGCAGCCAACAUUCGAGGGGACUUUUGGCUCAUGGGAGACCGGGCCAUCAAGGAUCAAGACGGAUAUUUCCAGUUCAUGGGGCGAGCAGAUGACAUCAUUAACUCCAGCGGGCACCGGAUCGGACCUGGAGAGGUGGAGAAUGCACUCAUGGAGCACCCUGCUGUGGUGGAGACGGCUGUCAUCAGUAUCCCAGACCCCAUCCGAGGAGAGGUGGUGAAGGCCUUUGUGGUCCUGGCGCCACCGUUUCUGUCCCAUGACCCGGAGCAGCUCACCAGGGAGCUGCAGCAGCACGUGAAGUCGGUGACCGCCCCGUACAAGUACCCAAGGAAGGUGGAGUUUGUCUUGGACCUGCCCAAAACGGUCUCUGGGAAAAUCCAGCGGAUGAAGCUUCGAGAGCAGGAGUGGAAGAGGUCUGGGCCAGCCAGGGCCCCAUGAUGCCUGCAGGGGUUUCUUUGGGCCCUGCCUUUGUCCCUUCAUUCCCUUCGGGGCAUCUGCCUUCCUGGGAAAUGUGAGAUUCUUUAUGACAAGACAUCUGAGUUUUGUCUCCCUGAAUGUGAGCUCAAAAUCGUCCAUGUUACAUGUUGAAAGAAGAAAGGGAGAAUGGG